GAGAGAAAAAACGAGGACAAACGGCAUCGAGGACGCGCGUGGACAGAAGACACUCAGAGGAAUAACACGCGCCGCUGCUUCUUCUUCUUCUUCUUCUUCUUCUUCACAUUUUCACUUUUUUUCCGCGUCGCUUGUUUUGUUUUGUUUUUUUCUUCAUCAGCUGAUCAUCGAUUAUAAUCCUUCACUUUUUCAUCCGCGAGAAACGAGAGGAGGAAGAAGAGGAAGAGGAGUCGGUGUUGACAGGUGCAGCUUUUAUUCCACAGGAACAGGAACGUGUCUCCUGGAGGAGAUGCAGUAGAGGAAACGUCCUCGCUGCCAACAAACACAAGCUCCCCCUGACAUGGCCUCCUCCCCUGGACUGGAUUCUGACCCGUUACCGCUGCUCCAGCUCCAGGAGGUGGACUCCAGUAAAGCGUCGGAGAGGCCGAGCUCCCCGCUGCUCCUGCCCUCGGUGUACAGUCCUCCGCUGGGCAUGGACAACCACACCGUCUGCAUCCCGUCCCCGUACACGGACGGAGGCCACGAGUACAACCACGGACCUCUGACCUUCUACGGCCCGCCCGUGCUGAGCUACGGCCGAGCGCCCGUCGCCGAGGGUCAGUCGUCCCUGUGCGCUCCCAUCAGCCCCUCGGCCUUCUGGCCCUCGCACGGUCACCACGCCAACGUGCCUUCGCUGACGCUGCGAUGUCCUCAGCCUCUCAUCUACAACGAGCCCGGAGGACACCCGGCGUGGCUGGAGACCAAAGCCCACGGCGUCAACCCGAGCAGCUCCAUCAUCAGCUGUAACAAGCUGGUGGGGAGGACACUGGAGGACGACGUGGACGCAGUGAACUCGUGCUCGUCUGCGGGUUCUAAAGCCGACAUGCACUUCUGCGCCGUGUGCCACGACUACGCCUCAGGGUAUCACUACGGGGUGUGGUCGUGUGAGGGCUGCAAGGCCUUUUUCAAGAGGAGCAUCCAAGGACACAACGACUACAUCUGCCCGGCAACAAACCAAUGCACUAUCGACAAGAACCGUCGUAAAAGCUGUCAGGCCUGUCGUCUACGCAAGUGCUACGAAGUGGGCAUGAUGAAGUGCGGUCUGAGACGCGAGCGCUGCAGCUAUCGAGGACCGCGACACCGCCGCGGCGGCGGACUCCAGUCCCGGGAGCUGGUCAGGGCGGGGCCGGGCUCUCGAGCUCAGCGGCAUCUCCACGUGGAAGCGCCGCUCGCCGCGUUCACCUCGCUGCCCCGGCACCACCGCGCCGCCAUGGGUCCGGAGGAGUUCAUCUCCCGCAUAAUGGAGGCGGAGCCUCCCGACAUCUACCUCAUGGAGGAUCUGAAGAAGCCGUUCACCGAGACCAGCAUGAUGAUGUCGCUCACCAACCUGGCCGACAAGGAGCUGGUCCUCAUGAUCAGCUGGGCCAAGAAGAUUCCCGGUUUUCUAGAGCUCAGUCUCUCUGAUCAGAUCCACCUGCUCAAGUGCUGCUGGCUGGAGAUCCUGAUGCUGGGUCUGAUCUGGAGGUCCGUGGACCAUCCGGGAAAACUCAUCUUCUCUCCUGACUUCAAACUCAACAGGGAGGAGGGCCAGUGUGUGGAGGGGAUCAUGGAGAUCUUCGACAUGCUGCUGGCGGCCACGUCGCGCUUCCGUGAGCUGAAGCUUCGGAGGGAAGAGUACGUGUGUCUGAAGGCCAUGAUCCUCCUCAACUCCAAUCUGUGUUCGAGUUCCCCGCAGACGUCGGAGGAGCUGGAGAGCAGGAGCAAGCUGCUGCGUCUGCUCGACUCUGUGAUCGACUCGCUGGUCUGGGCCAUUUCGAAACUGGGUCUGACGACGCAGCAGCAGACGCUGAGGCUGGGUCACCUGACCAUGCUGCUGUCACACAUCCGCCAUGUCAGCAACAAAGGCAUGGACCAUCUCUGCACCAUGAAGAGGAAGAACGUGGUGCUGGUGUACGACCUCCUGCUGGAGAUGCUGGACGCCAACACGUCCAGCGGCAGCAGCCAGACGUCCUCGUCUCCGGUCUCUGACAUUUACUCGGACCUGCACCACUUCCCUCCUCCGUCUCAGCCCGACUCGGACCAGAGCACCGCCCCCGAAGACCACACCGCUGCGCCUCCACGCAAACCGGCGGACGAUCUCCUGCAGGCUCUGCCCUUCCUGUCCACGCCUCUGUCAGACAGCGCGUCUCAUGUCAACGACUACAUGGAUCCGGAGCAGUGGUCUCUGGACUCGCGGGACAACAGUCCAUCAGACCGAGUCGCCGCGGAAACCAUGUCUGAGGACUGACGGGGACGGACUGAAACUUUCCAAGACUUUCGUCCUCCAAAGAUCAAAGAAUAAGAGUUAAAGAGCGCAAGUGUUUGGAGGUAACGUUGUUGACCUGUUGUGUAUUUAGUGUGUGUGUGUUGAUAUGUGUCGUGAACGUGCACUACAGUCCGUGUCCUCGAGGACGUCGCUGAACCUCUGUCGGGCAAGUGUGUCAUCUUUUUUGAUAUUGUCGUAUUUGUAUCUUUUUUCACGCCGGCGACGCGUACGACAGGCGCGCGCGGUCCAACGUCACGGUGCCUUCAAGUGGGACGGAGAUUUUCGCUAACGACUCCAAACCAAAUAUCAACUUUAAAUCUUUGGCAAACUAGUUGCACUUUUUGGAAAAUGUCCGUUCUCGACGCGGUCGAAACGGACUCGCGUCGCCACCGCGCGGACAUUUGAAGGCGCCACGAUUGGGGGCGGUGUUUUCUGUCACACUGUGGCGUCUGUUGUGUUCACCCACGACUUUUCUACUGUGUUUGUACAAAGACUUUGAAAGUGUCGGUGAAGUGGAGAAGCAGCCGUCGAGGCCUUUUUUACCAAACGACUGUUAAAAAACUCAUCUUCUCUCUUGUCGGAUCUUCUGGUGAAACUAAAGCGGAGUUUACACCAUCGCAGCGGCCAUUUUAAACUCGUGUCUCAGGUUCGGACUUUACUGUCAAAUGACAUAAAAACUGGACGUAAAGUCGUGAGGGCUGGUACUAAUCUCACAUUCGUAGCACUGGGGACAAAAAAGUCCUUUUUCCAAAUCAAGCUUUAAACUAAUUGAGGUGAUUUUGCACCUACGUCUGACCCGAUUAUUCGUAUGAAAUGCAAAGUUUUGGUCACGAUGGCAUCAAAAACCGUGAACUAUUUUUAUUAUACUACAUGCAAAGUAGACUUAAGUUGUUUAGUUAUUCCAGCCCGACUUGCGUCAAUGAUUGUGUAGCAUAACUUUUUGUGUCGUGUCAAAUAUUGACACUCGUACCGGUAAGGACAAAAAUGUCCUUCUAAAAAAUAUUGUAGUUUGAGGUGAUUAGUUACUUUGGCGUUAAGUGGCCUCGAGUGUCUGCACUUGAACAGAGGCUUGUUGCGUGAAGUGUGCCGUCUGUGAUUGCCUUGUUUUUAGUAGCGUCAGAUUUGAACCCUUUUAAAUGCAAGGAUUAUUUGACAUGAUGCCACCAAAAAAAUGUAGUAUGUUAAUGAGGGAGGGGGAACUGUGCCAUCUAGUGGAAAUGGCAAGUACAGAAGUCAAAAGGCCAGAUGGAAACCCACAUGUUCUAAAAAAUUCUGUUUUAAUGGCACAUUAUUUGCGCUUAAUGGUCUGAGUGUAAGUGUACUGUAUUUGUAGACAGUACGAUGAAAUGGAAAGAUGUGACAAAGCUAAAAGAAAAGGCUAAAACGCGGCGUUACUGUGAAAUGUGUGGCUGUAAAUUCCGCUUUAGUGUGAGAUUAUUCACUGUGUGUCCUGAUGUCUGUGGAUUAUACAUGCAUCCAAAUAAUCUGUUUGUUCUUUUUCCAGUGAAAACACAGCAGCCAAAAAUGGUGGUAAACAGCAGUUUAUUGUCAAUCAGUGUUGACAAUGUAUACAUCCCAUAAAUAAGUGUUGACAAAAUAAAUCCAAACUCUACACACAGA